GUCAAAGAAAAGAGGAAUACCGAGGAAUCAGGAAACACGGACAAAUACCACACUACACCUUAACAUAGAAACAAUGCAGACCUGAGCGGGACAUCCAGUUGAGUGAGAGAGAGUGAGACAGUUUGCCUUGUGAGUAAGAUGGGGUUCGGCCGGGACCUGCGGAACUCCCACGAGGGUCUGAUGAAGCUGCAGGACUGGGAGCUGAGGCUGCUGGAGACGGUGAAGCGCUUCAUGACCCUGCGGGUGAAGAGUGAUAAGGAAUAUGCCUCGCUCCUGCUCAACAUCAGCCAGCAGGUGGACAAGCAUGAAAACUCCUCUCAGAUACACUAUGUCAGCAGUGUCUCCAAGUCAUGGACUCACAUGGUGCAGCAGACAGAGCAGUUAAGUAAGAUCAUGAAGUCUCAUGCAGAGGAGCUGAACUCAGGGCCUCUGCAUUGCCUCACCAUGAUGAUCAAAGACAAGCAGCAGGUGAAGAAGAGCUACCAAAGUCUCCACCAGCAGAUCGAGUCUGAGAUGAAUAAGGUAACCAAAAGUGAUCUUGAGAAGUUAAAAGGCACCUACAGGCAGUUAACUAAGGAUGCUGUUUUUGCAAGAGAGAAAUACAAGGAGGCUGUUGUCAAAGGCAAAGAGACAGAGAAAGCUCGAGAGCGCUACGACAAAGCCACCAUGAAGUUGCAUAAUCUGCACAACCAGUACGUGCUUGCGGUGAAGAGCGCGCAACUACACCAGGAGCACUACAACGAGACUGCGCUGCCCCUUCUGCUCGACUCCCUGCAGAGGAUGCAAGAGGAGAUGAUCAGUGCCCUUAAGGGGAUUCUGGAGGAGUACAGUGAAAUCACCAGCCUGUUAACAGAUGAAAUCGUAAAGGUCCAUAAAGAAAUACACACUUCUAUCGACCAAAUCGAUCCUCUCUCAGAGUAUGACAACUUCAUCGAAGUGUAUAGAUCACCAGAAGCCAAAGAACCAAAUGUAGAAUUUGAUAUAACACUUUUAGAGGAAACAGAAAAUCUUCAAGCAAAUGAGAUUCUGUGGAAUAAUUUGACAGCGGACAGUUUACAAGCAAUGCUGAAGUCAACCUCAGAGGAGCUACUGUUAACCCAGCAGAGUCUGUGCAGCAAAGAGGACCUCAUGCUGGACCUGGAGAAUAAAAUAGAAGAGUCUACCAAAACAUUUGAGAAGAAAUCAGAUGUGGUGUUAUUGCUCAGUCAAAAGCAGUCUUUGGAAGAGUUGAGACAGACUGUUCAGCUGCUGCGCUGCUCGGAGACCAAACUCACAGUGCAGAGAGAACUGCUGGAGCAGAAGAUGCAAGAGAACGAGGGCAAAGAACCACCACCUGUCGUCAAUUAUGAAGAGGACGCCCGCUCUGUCAACUCAAUGGAUAAAAGCAAAGACAAGAUAUCAAAGUUUGACACCCUCAGGCACUCCAUCGCCGGAAUCAUCCGCUCGCCAAAGUCUGUUCUGGGCUCCUCCUCAUUUUUUGACGUGAUACCCACCAGCGAGAAACCGCUGGGUGAGCAGGAGUGGUAUCAUGGUGCCAUUCCCAGGACAGAAGCUCAGGAGCUGCUAAAGCAGCAGGGAGACUUCCUGGUGCGCGAGAGCCACGGCAAACCUGGAGAGUAUGUGCUGUCUGUGUUCUCAGAUGGACAGCGCAGACAUUUCAUCAUUCAGUUCGCUGAUAAUCAGUACAGAUUUGAAGGCACUGGCUUCCCCACCAUCCCACAGCUCAUUGAGCAUCAUUACACAUCUAAACAAGUCAUCACCAAGAAAUCUGGGGUUGUGCUCUUAAACCCCGUCAUAAAGGAUAAGAAAUGGAUCCUCAAUCAUGAGGACGUCAUUCUUGGAGAACUCCUCGGCAAAGGAAACUUUGGUGAGGUUUUCAAAGGAACACUGCGAGACAAAACCCCAGUGGCAGUGAAAACCUGUAAGGAAGAUCUACCACAAGACCUCAAAAUAAAGUUCCUCUCAGAAGCCAGGAUCCUGAAGCAGUAUGAUCAUCCCAACAUUGUGAAGUUAAUAGGCGUCUGUACCCAACGGCAGCCCAUUUACAUAGUAAUGGAACUUGUACCAGGCGGCGACUUUUUAUCAUACUUAAGAAAGAAAAAGGAGGACCUCAAGACAAAACAACUGGUAAAGUUUGCAUUAGACGCUGCUGCUGGAAUGGCGUACUUGGAGCUAAAGAACUGUAUACACAGAGAUCUGGCUGCUCGGAACUGCCUUGUGGGAGAGAACAACGUGCUGAAGAUCAGUGAUUUUGGGAUGUCCCGGCAGGAGGAUGAUGGCAUCUACUCUUCAUCCGGCCUCAAACAGAUCCCAAUCAAGUGGACUGCACCAGAAGCACUGAAUUAUGGGAGAUACAGCUCAGAGAGUGAUGUGUGGAGCUAUGGGAUCCUCCUGUGGGAAACCUUUAGUCUAGGAGUGUGUCCUUACCCAGGCAUGACCAACCAGCAGGCACGAGAACAGGUCGAGAAAGGUUAUAGAAUGUCCUGCCCGCAGAAAUGCCCAGAUGAGGUGUACAGGAUCAUGCAGCGGUGUUGGGAGUACAAGCCUGAAAACCGACCCAAAUUCGCCGACAUUCAGAAAGAACUGGCUGCCGUCAAGAAAAAAUAGCCCUUAAUGAGGACAUGACCAGAGGGCUGAACCCAUACUUCACAUCUAGGUGAUCCUGAAUCUACCGAGAGAAACAUAACCAAUGUUUCACCCUCCAAAUCACAUGCUAUUAUUGUCAAAAAGUACUUUGUCACAUAAUCACUGUGUGAACUGCCUAUGCACCAGCUGUUUUGAGCCAUUAGCAUGGGGAGAGGCCUCCACUUUCCCCCUGUAUUUUGUCCUGUAAGUCUCCACUGAGCAACAGUUGAGCUAGGUCAGAACGUGAGAUGUAUGUUCUCCUAUAGAGGCGCCAUUGAGGAUUUCUUUGGCCGCACUAGUGACUCUCUGAAAUGUUUGUAUUUUUCGCAUAAGUCCUGAACCUGUUUGAUGGUUUAGGCUGUUUUAUCAUUUGUCAUUUUAUGUCAUUUUUAUUUUUAAACAAACAUAUUUGCUCGGCAUCAGUUCGUUGGUCGCCCAAAACAAGUGUACUACAUCCAUAAGAAGACUUUCAGUGUGUUACAUUCCAACAUUUCAGCACUCAUCAAAGCAAUGAGACCAAAUGCAUAGGUUUACCUAAGUGCAGUUGAUUAAAUAGUACAGUCAGAUGGCCUUAAUGUGAAAUCAAAUGAUUUUACCAGGCUGUGUGCUUAUGUAUUAUAAUUGAGACCAUUUGAAUGACAUGGACACAGCAUCAGUCUACACAAAUACUCCAAAUACCUCUCACUUCUUUGUGGUUCAUGCUAUAUGAUGUUUCAAGGAAUAGUUACACCCAAAAAUAAAAUAUUCUGUCAUUGUUUACUCACCAUCAUUUUGUUGCAAACCCAUAUGAUUUUCUUGUUUCCGUGGAACACAAAAGGAGAAGUUUAGCAGUAUGUUCAUGAUGCUCAUGGGCUAUCAAACUCCCAAAAAAGGACACUUAGACAUUAAUAGCUUUGUGCAAGAAACGGACCAAAAUUUAAGCCGUUAUUUGCUCAAAAUUUUCCCCUCCACUACUGUGAGAUAUCUCCUUUUGUGUUCCAUGAAAGAAAGAAACUAAACAUGAGGGUGAGUAAAUGAUGACAGAAUUUUCAUAUUUGGGUGAACUAUCCCUUUUACGUCCAACAAAGAUGCCUUGUGGCAUAUUAGACCAUCACCUCAAACUCUGUCCAGAAUGGACUGUGGUUCAUUUCUGUUGGGAUCUCUGUAUGGAAAGGUGUUUUUUUCCUGGUAACCAGCAACCAAAGCCAGCCACAGGCAUGUUUAUUUGUUUCUAUGCGAUUGUGUUCUUAUUCUUGUGCUGUUUGUGUAAUUGCUCUUUUACGAUCAGGUUUCCUCUUGCAAACAACCCUUGAGACCUAAUAGGCAUGUAUUUACAAGUAUUACAGGUUUGGCUAGACAAUGAUUUGUUCUCUGUUAAGACUUUCCCAAGUUGUACAGGUGCCAUUGUUUUCCAUGUUUAUAUCGCUCUUUAUGUACCCAAGCUCCCAGGUAUGGCAAGCCGAUUUGACUUUCAAUAAUGUGCAUGAUAUGAAUUAUGGAUAUCUAAAAUUCUAUUUUGUCCGGUUAAAAUGUUAAUUUGUUAUCAGCAAUGUUCCAUUGUGCUGCAAGUGAAAAUGCUCAUUUUCGAUUUCUCUAAUCAGGUUGAGACAAGUAAAAAUGUUAAUUAUUGAUAUCAAAACUGACGUCAUUACUUGCAGAAUUGGAAUUUUAACUAGUAUAAAAAAAAAAAAAAUUAUACCUCUAAUGGAAUUGUCACUAUGUAUUUUUUACUAUGUACUUCUAGUAAAAAUGAUCAUUUUUCAUUUCUGUUACAUUAUAAAUUCAAUUGCUGAUAUCAGGAUUGGACAUAGUACAACUAGUAAAAAUGCGUAUUUGGUUUUCACUAGUGGCAAUGUUAAUGUUAAUCAGAUAUCUGUAAUGUGAUUGUGCCUUUUAAGAAAUCUUAAUUUACUCUUCAGUUCAAUUGGGAAUGGACAUUUUUACUAUUAACAAUGUAAUUAUUGAAAAAAAAUAAAAAUAAUAUUUUUUACUAGUAAGUAGUACAUAGCUGAUAUAAGAAAUUAGAAUUUCAACUAGUAAGGAAUUAUAGAUGUCUGUAAAUCAUUGUGAAUUUCUACUAGAGAAAAUGCAGUUACAGAUAUCAGUAACUGUUUUUUACUAAUUGAAAUUCUAUUUUUGAUAUCAAGAAUAGGCAUUUUCAUGAAUACUGACGUCAUGUUUGAUAUCAAGAAUUAAUGUUUUCACUAGUGCAAAUGUAAUGACUCAUUUCAAGAAUUAUAGAUAUCUGUAAUCCAUGUCCUGCAAGUGAUUAAAUAUCGAAAGGGCUUGCGAUUCCCAUAAGUAUGUCCAUGCGGACUGCCCAAACAGUGUCUUGCCAGCAACUUCCUCCAAGCUCCUGAGUCACAUAAAUUUGUCAUUCCAUUUCCACAAAAAUGGAAUAGUGGUUUCUUCAAGGUUUACUCUAUAAAAAGCAUUCCUUUUGUAUUUUGUAAAUACUUUUUUGUAGAUUCAGUAAUUACAUUUUCUAGGUGUUCUGUUUUUUUCACUGCUAAAACUAAUUCUAUUAGAAUGUUAAUGUCUGUCAGGAUGGAAUAUGCCUCAACUUUAUUGUUUUUCCAGCUAUAAUAGUCAUGAUUAAGACCCAGAUUAAAUACUACUCUAAUAUUUGCACAUUUGGAAUACAUAUAAAGGGUGCUAUGCCAUUGAAUGUUUCUUCUUAUUCUCCAAUUUUUUGCCAUCACUCUAAUGUGGCCAAAUGUCAAACACGUGCACGAAUCAUGCAGAAAUGGUGACAAAUCAAACAUAAUGCUACUGUACAAUACAGUUUUGAGUAGUAUAUUUGCAUGAUAGAUCUUCACCUUUGGGUUCAGAUUAAAGUUGAUUUUUUUUUUUUACGGUAAAGCAGAGCUUACAUCAAUGAAACUACUGGUGAGUGAGCUCUUACGAUUUUUGCCUUUGUUAACGUCAAAGCAAUUAUCCUUAGUGUUUUGUUUCCUUCUAUUUAUUUGAAAUACUGUAAUAUUAUUCCAGCAUUUUAAUCUUUGCUUCUUUUUUUUACCAUUCACCAUAACUCCUACUGUCAGUGUAUUAAAGUGAUCGCCAGUAUUUGUCUGACAUUAUAUUGAAAUUUGUGUUAUUUCAUGAGACUAGAUUUUCAUUUUACCUUUUCUAUGUCUAACUUGCACAUAGUGAUCAAGUAAACUUCCAGUUUGAAUAAAAUAGCUUGCUUGUCACCGCUUUAGCAAAGCGAGAUCAUUGUGAAUAAAUUCUUAAGGCAUUCAUAACUAAAGCCCAUUUGUAAACUACUUAAAGUAAAUGUGUUUUCAGUUGUCAUUCAUACGGACAAUUCUCCUUCUUUGAACUCUACUGCCCUGUGCUGGACUAUUUAUUUCCGUGAUGGAAACAUUUUGUAUAUUGAUUGCACUUUUGGCCUGUUGUAUGCUUUAAAAAGAACCCCGUAUAUAUAACAGCAUAAUAGUGCUGUUUCAGGUAAUGAGCAGCUCAAAAUUGUCUGGAAUUGAUCAUGAACAAGAGCAGAAAAGCAACACUGGACUUAUGAUUGUCAGACUAUUGCAUAUAGUGAUUCAUUUCCAGCUCUGCCCAGUAAAAGAGAAAAUAUGACAACACAAAUAAGAUAGCUUGAUCUUUUUUAUCAUGUAGUCUUUUUUUCACCUGUCUCUGUUUCUCUGAUGGACAUUCAACUAUAAUAAUGUCUGCUCAUUGUUUAUAUUGUACACUUGCAAUAAAGGUUUUUGAGUCUUUGAACUUUGCUGUCUGAAAUUAAUUUAAAAUCAGCAUGAAGCAACCCAUUUUAUUUUCGUUAUGUGUUGCAUUUACAAGGAGGUCUGUAAUACCUGGAGAGAGCUAGCUUUCACAUACAUCUCAAAGGCAGCUGGCAAAACACACAACUAAGUUCUGGGCAUAGAAGUUUUUAUGAAGCCCAUUUACGCCACAUGGAAAAUCAGUUGUGCUUUGGUAGGUCAUAAUUAUGAGAUACUAAUCCAUAUUUGAGAGAAAAAGUCAAUUAUUAGAUUCAAAGUCAUUAUGAGUCACAAUUAUGAUUAUUAGUACAUCAAUUGAGAUGAGUCAAAACUGAGAUUGCUAUUAUGAGAUAUUAAGUCAACUGACAUAAUUAUGAGAUAAAUCAUAAUUAUAGUCAUAAUAAUGAGAUAGUAAUUAUGAAAUUAAAAGUAAAAUAUAAGAUAAGUCAAAUGAGACAAAUGUACAAUAAAGAGGUGUCAUAAUUGUGAGAAAGUCAUAAUGGAGUCAUAAUUAUAAGAAUAUCAUUAUUUUGAGAUAGUAAAUCAUAAUUAUGAGAUUACAACUUUGAGAUUGUCAUAAUUAUGAGAU